CUCUGGCACCCAGGGAACAGUGUGCGUGUCGAGAGCUUAAUCUGCAGGAGCAUAGCCAUGGUGCUCUGGGGUCCAGUGCUGGGAGCUCUGCUGGUGGUCAUUGCUGGAUACCUGUGCCUGCCAGGGAUGCUCCGACAACGCAGGCCACGGGAGCCCCCUCUGGACAAGGGUACCGUGCCCUGGCUUGGCCAUGCCAUGGCUUUCCGGAAGAAUAUGUUUGAAUUUCUGAAGGGCAUGAGGACCAAGCAUGGGGAUGUGUUCACAGUGCAGCUAGGGGGCCAGUACUUCACCUUCGUCAUGGACCCCCUCUCCUUUGGCCCCAUCCUCAAGGACACACAGAGAAAACUAGACUUUGGGCAAUAUGCAAAAAAACUGGUGCUGAAGGUAUUUGGAUACCGUUCAGUGCAAGGGGACCAUGAGAUGAUACACUCAGCCAGCACCAAGCAUCUGAGGGGGGAUGGCUUGAAGGAUCUUAAUGAGACCAUGCUGGACAGCCUGUCCUUUGUAAUGCUGACGUCCAAAGGCUGGAGUCUGGAUGCCAGUUGCUGGCAUGAGGACAGCCUCUUUCACUUCUGCUAUUACAUCUUGUUCACAGCUGGCUACCUGAGCUUGUUCGGCUACACGAAGGACAAGGAGCAGGACCUGCUACAGGCAGGAGAGUUAUUCGUGGAGUUCCGCAAGUUUGACCUUCUUUUCCCCAGGUUUGUCUACUCCCUGCUGUGGCCCCGGGAGUGGCUAGAAGUGGGCCGACUCCAGCGUCUCUUUCACAAGAUGCUCUCCGUGAGCCACAGCCAGGAGAAGGAGGGCAUCAGCAACUGGCUGGGCAACAUGCUUCAGUUUCUGAGGGAGCAGGGGGUACCCUCAGCUAUGCAGGACAAGUUCAACUUCAUGAUGCUCUGGGCCUCCCAGGGGAACACAGGGCCUACCUCUUUCUGGGCCCUCUUGUUCCUCCUGAAGCACCCAGAAGCUAUUCGGGCUGUGAGGGAGGAAGCUACCCAGGUCCUGGGUGAGGCCAGGCUGGAGACCAAGCAGUCCUUUGCCUUCAAACUCAGUGCCCUGCAACACACCCCAGUUCUGGACAGCGUGGUGGAGGAGACGCUGCGGCUGAGGGCUGCACCCACCCUCCUCAGGUUGGUUCAUGAAGACUAUACUCUGAAGAUGUCCAGUGGGCAGGAGUAUCUGUUCCGCCAUGGAGACAUCCUGGCCCUCUUUCCCUACCUCUCAGUGCACAUGGACCCUGACAUCCACCCUGAGCCCACUGUCUUCAAGUACGAUCGCUUCCUCAACCCUAAUGGCAGCCGGAAAGCGGACUUCUUCAAGGCAGGCAAGAAGAUCCACCACUACACCAUGCCCUGGGGUUCGGGCGUUUCCAUCUGUCCUGGGAGGUUCUUUGCACUCAGUGAGGUGAAGCUCUUUAUCCUGCUUAUGGUCACACACUUUGACUUAGAGUUGGUGGACCCUGACACACCACUACCCCAUGUUGACCCGCAGCGCUGGGGUUUUGGCACCACACAGCCCAGCCAUGAUGUGCGCUUCCGCUACCGCCUGCAUCCUACAGAGUGAGCUUGGCCAAGCCAGCUGCAAACCUGGCCAGAGGAGUUCUAUUGCAUCUCUCACCUGUUCUCACCCCUCUGCAGCCCCAAGCCCCCACUGGCCACCCCUCCCUCUGGUCCUGUGGCACCGCCUACCUCUGUUCUGCCUGUCCUCGCUCUCUCCCCGCCUAGUCAUCUGACCGGCUUAUCAUUCUCUUUAAAAUACCAUCUCUCAGAGUGGGUUCUGCUGAACCCUCCUCUCACAGGAAGUCCAGGGGAACGGGGAGUAUCUGUGGGCAACUUGGUUUGGGAGAUGAUGCCUGCCUUGAGAAGUCCUGAGUACAGAAACUGGUUCCCCCCAGACAUGAGUAACAUGGCAUCUUGCAAACAUCAGCCUCCACCCUCCCAGCUUGCUUUAGUUUUUUCAGCAACACUUAUCCCACAUCCUAUGGAAUUCAGGCUCUAGAACAGUGUCAUCCAACAUAAAUAUGAAGCAAGCUACAUGAGUAGUGGGGUUUUUUGGUUUUGUUUGUUUGUUUUGAGACAGAGUCUUGCUCUGUCGCUGAGGCUACAGUGCAGUGGUGCGAUCUCUGCUCACUGCAACCUCUGCCUCCUGGGUUCAAGCAAUUCUCCUGCCUCAGCCUCCCCAGUAGCUGGGAUUACAGGCACCUACCAUCUUGCCCAGCUAAUUUAGUUUCCUGGUAAACACAUUUUUAAAAAGUAAAAUGAAACAGAAUUCACUUUUAUAAUAUACUUUACUUAAUCCAAUAUAUCCAAAAUAUUGGCAUUUCAACAUGAUCACUAUUAAAAAUUUUAACAUAUAGUUUUUACCUUCCCUUUUUCAUCCUGUCUUCAAAGUCUGGUAUGUACUGUACUUUUGCAGCUCUUCCCAGUUCAGACUAGCCACAUUACAAGUGCUUAAUUGCCAUGUGUGGCAGGUGGCUGCCCUAUUGGAUAGCACAGGUCUAGAGAAACAAUACCUUUUUUUUUUUUUUUGAGACAGAGUCUCACUCUGUUGCCCAGGCUGCAGUGCAGUGAUGUGAUCUUGGCUCACUACAACCUCUGCCUCCCGGGUUCAAGUAUUUCUCCUGCCUCAGCCUUCUGAGUAGCUGGGAUUAUAGGCACACGCCACCACACCAGGCUAGUUUCUGUAUUUUUAUUAGAGACGGUGUUUCACCAUGUUGGCCAGGCUCCUCGGCCUCCUUGGCCUCCCAAAGUUCUGGGAUUACAGGCAUGAGCCACUGCGCCCAGCCAGGAUGCCUUUAACGUAGGAAUUAUUCAAGAUCCCUCCUCAGUGCCCAUGUCUCCCCCACCUCAGGGUGCUGUCAACCCUCCCUUGGUUUCCAUGAUCAUUGCUGAACUCAGAGCUUUCUCCUAUCCCCAAACCCUCAUGGGAGUCUCCCAGCACCUCUGACUCAGCUUGGCCAACGCAGAACUUGGCAUCUGAGCCCCUGCCUCUUCCCUGAACCACUCCUCCUCCCGAUUUCCCUGCUCUCUGUGCUCAGAACACUACCAUUCGCCCCAUCUCCCAGAGACACUCUCCCUCCUCCUCUUUUACCUUCAUACAAGCAGGCCCCCAUCCUGUCAGUACACCCCGCUGUGAUGCCUCUGAAAUGUGUACCCUCUUCCUCUCUCCUACUGUCAUUCUUAUACCUGUGACCUCUGCAUUUCUCUUCUACACUGCUGCCAGAGGCCUUUUUGCCAAAAGCACUUCUGAUUGUCACUCUUUUACUUUCCUGGUUCCCCUUUGACUUCACAUACUUGACGUUUAAAUUUUGUCACAGUUGGUCCCCCUUGCCUUCACAUACCUGAUGUUUAAAUUUUGUCACGGUUGGUCUCCAAACUUCUCAACUUUGCCAACUUUCUCCAAUGAAACCAUCCCUAAAGUGGAGGCAUUGCUGUUCCUGCCCAUCCCAGUGCCAGCUACUCCUUCCUGAAAGCCUUCCUGGAUUUCACUCAUCCCACCCUCUGGCCAGAAAUGGCCUCCAAACUGUGCAGCUCCCGCAGCACCAUUUGUAUCAUAGCAUAUCUGUUAGGUGUCAUUGCUUUCUGUGUCUUGGUUUCUGCCUGCUGCCCACUUCCCCAGACUGGAGCGCACUGGGGCAUGGUAUUUUAUUCAUUUCUGACCUCCAAUUCCCUAAGUGGAGAUUAAAUGUUAGAA